AUGGCGUCCUCGGUCUCAACCAGCACUGGCUCGUGCGUGCCACACCGAUACAACCCGAUCAUCAACCCGAUUCAUUCUAAGCCAGCUUUGGUGGAAGAACACGUUGAGGAUCAACAACACAUCCUCCUGUCCCGACCUCUCUUUGGCGCUCUUCUAUUUCAAAAUACCAGCUCCGACGCUCGUGAUCAUUGUGCCAAUGAGCGUACAUUCCUGUCAUGGCUGCGUCUCUCCAUGUACUUGUCCAUCGUGGCAGUAGCCAUUGUCAUCUCCUUCCACUUUCGAGAGCAGCCCUCCAGUCUCGAACGACGCAUGGCGUUGCCCCUGGGUGUGAUUUUCUGGCUCCUCAGCCUCACUUGUCUCGGAAACGGCUUCUUCAAUUAUGUUCGCACAGUCAUGAAGUAUAGUCGAAAGGCUGCGCUGGUCCAGAGUGGAUGGAAGACGCAGGUCGUGAUCACCAUUAUUGGGACGGCAAUUCUAGGCAGCUGUAUCCUGUUCUUGUCAACGGGUCGGCGGGCCUGA